GACCGGAAGGAAGUGGGUGUUAGCUGACUGACGUUAGCGAGCUACAACUAUUCAGCCUGCUGCGGGUUCCAUGGGGGAGGUGGACAGCCCUUCAGCCGGCAUAACGCUGGUUCUCUGCCUUUAGAUACUCAUACCAGCUGCAGAGGAACAGUCUGAACGUCACUGCUGCCUUUAGAUUCUCUCCUUACUUUGACUUUCCCGUCGCUUCAUCGCGGCAGCCCGAACGCGAAGACAAACACAAAGGAACAUGUCUUUAAAAUUGUACUUUAAGUAUGAAAGACACCAUGACUUAGAACUAGAUGCAGUUCUUUAGGUUGCUAUUGACAUAUUGCGAACACACAUUUGUGUAAUUGUUUGUAGGAAAGCUUUAUACACAAAAUAAAAUACAUAUUUAACCUCUAUAUAAAUAUAUAUAUAUAGCUUUUUCGUGUGUGAGUCCAGCCUCGGUAAUAAAGCGAGUCAUUUGCAGAGAAUCUAUCUCCAUUGAUCUCGAGCUGCGUGUUAAUAAUCUGUUUCCACUCAUGCAGUGACAGCCCUGAUUCAGGUGUCACUACGUUUGACCUUUUCUUUCCCAGGAAGAGAUGUCAGGAGAGAGUGUGGUGAGCUCCGCAAUGCCGGCUGCUGCAACCCGGACCGCAUCCUUCAAGGGCUCCAGCCCCAGCUCUAAGUACGUGAAGCUGAACGUGGGCGGGGCUCUGUACUACACCACGAUGCAGACGCUCACCAAGCAGGACACCAUGCUCAAAGCCAUGUUCAGCGGCAGGAUGGAGGUCCUCACAGACAGCGAAGGUUGGAUCUUGAUCGAUCGCUGUGGCAAACAUUUUGGGACAAUCCUCAACUACCUUCGAGACGGAGCAGUGCCACUCCCAGACAGCCGGCGGGAAACCGAGGAGCUGCUCGCUGAGGCCAAGUAUUAUCUCGUCCAAGGCCUCGCUGAUGAAUGCACCGCUGCCCUGCAGAACAAAGAAACUUAUGAACCACUUUGUAAAGUGCCUCUGAUGACAUCAUCUAAGGAAGAGCAGAAACUUAUUGCAACCUCAAAUAAGCCGACGGUCAAACUGCUGUACAACCGAAGCAACAACAAAUAUUCAUACACCAGCAAUUCUGACGACAACAUGCUGAAAAACAUCGAGCUGUUUGACAAGCUGUCGCUGCGCUUCAACGGCCGAGUGCUCUUCAUCAAAGACGUGAUCGGGGAUGAGAUCUGUUGUUGGUCCUUUUACGGCCAGGGACGUAAGAUUGCUGAAGUGUGCUGCACCUCCAUUGUUUAUGCCACCGAGAAGAAGCAGACAAAGGUGGAGUUCCCUGAGGCACGCAUCUAUGAGGAGACCCUCAACAUCCUCCUGUACGAGUCCCACGAUGGGAGGGGUCCGGACAACGCCCUGCUGGAGGCCACAGGGGGCGCUGCAGGCCGCUCGCAUCACCUGGACGAGGACGAGGAGCGAGAUCGAAUCGAGCGAGUUCGUAGGAUUCAUAUCAAACGACCCGACGACCGCACGCACCACCACCAGUGACCUCUCCUUCGACCCCGCCUUGCACCACGCGUGUGCCUUACGCCCCCAGCGCCUUUCUACUCCCGCUCUUCUUUUACCAGCUGCUUGUCCCAGGAGACGGCGAGGAGGUGCGCGUCACUACGUCGUGGUGACGUGAUUCAUUGUGUGACGGGCUGCAGGGCUUUGUUCUCCGUUUGGUGACCAUGAUCACUUCUAUGACCGUUUCUGCUCGUGUGCAGAGACCCGAGUCUCAGUUUUACCUGAUUGUGUGAACACGAGUCAUAGAAAGAGUAUUGUUGGUAUACAUCAGUCUGCUGAGGUCCUUAAGGAGAACAAUGAUUAUCAUGUAAAGAUUAAUGUACAUGCGUUCUGCUCCUUCCGACCACGGGUCCACUGUGAGGUCACCGAUGGAUUAACCGGAUGUUGUACCCAAUGGGGGCACUGUUGUACUCUUACAAUAUGCUACCAUGGCUAUUUGUGUAGCCUGUGGAUAAUAGCGAUUACUUUUUAUUUGAACUGUAUUACUUUUUGAUAGUUAAGAUCUCUCAUGGGUCAGACAUGUCACUGUCGUGCUUCUGCCAUAUUUAGUUUGAACAUGUAUGCAUUGUCCCUUCACGCCCCGACAUGGUCACUAAGUCAUGGAGGGAACCUGCGCUGUGGCCUGAGGCGUUAAUGCACUGAGGGGAUUGGAUGAAGUGACUGUAACCAGAGAGCGGGACGGGAAUCCUGUCUGCUCUGAGCGGGGCGAGACCCGCCCUUCAUCCCCUCGUUCAGAAUGUCUGCACACGAGAGGCUUUAGUAGAAAUGUCUAACAAUCACAGGACGUGUAGGUCUGUACAGAAGUGAACAUAUAUGUAUGUUUUAUAUUUAUACAUACUUUGUCACAAAUAAAUUUCUACAAAUAUU